AUGUCGCAGCCGGCAAGACGGAGGAAGGUUGUCGAUAACGAUGGGUGGACACACAUCACCUCUACCAAGAAGUCCUCGAGUCUCCACCACCCGCCGCAGCCCAAGGACCAGCUAGCGCCUGCAGAAAUUCCUGACGGACUCACAUUUGAAAAGCUGAAAGACAAGUACGAUCGGCACAAGCAGCAAUGGAUGGAAUCACACAGCUGGACCGUUCUAAAAGGAUUGCUGGAGCAAGAGAUUGCCCGUGUUUCGGGAAAGAUUCGUAAUUGUGUCUGUUUUGGGUUGGGAAGCCCGAGCGGCUUCUCCCGUGGAGGAUGGGUUGAUCGAAGGAGUAUAUCAAUGUUUCAACUUGCCGCACUCGAGUUGACAGUGGAGCUUUUAUCAAAAAUUAUUAACCCUGAUAACCUCUAUGCUCAAGAUCCUGUUUUUAAUGACAUGGAUAAGAAGCUGCUAAAGUAUGCUGGGUUCAAAGUAGUUCAAGAUCCAGAUGCCUUUGCAAUUGUUGCCAAAGAGACAUUUUUGUAUGCUCCUGGCGCUGAAAAAUCUCAUCUAAUCGAUCUUCUUUUGCGUGACCCGGUCCUAUUUUUCGGAAGUACUUUCGAUGACAUUCACUCGGCAACCACUGAAGGUGACACAUGCGCGCAAUUUGCGGGGAGGAGGCGCUCACUUUUGCUUCCGGAGUUUGAACCAAACCCAAGUGCAUUCUGGAGGACAACCUUGUAUUGGAACGGCGAAGCACACCUACCGCCUUCCGCUGAUUGA